UCAAUAUAUCUUCUCUUUCUAGUGAAAACAUUUUAGAGAGAAAUGGGUGACGUAACAAAGAGCUGGUUAACGUUAAUGUUGGUUUUAUUUCUUGUCUGUACUAUUGUCGUCGUCGGCGCCAUUAAUAAUAUUAAUAAUGUUCCUGCUGUGAUCGUGUUUGGAGAUUCAUCAGUUGAUGCAGGAAACAACAAUUACAUUCGUACAAUUGCUAGGAGUAAUUUCAAGCCAUACGGUCGUGACUUCGCCGGAGGCAUCCCUACCGGCCGUUUCUCCAAUGGCCGGAUUCCUACCGACUUUAUAUCGGAGGCUUUUGGCUUGAAGCCCAUCGUCCCUGCCUACUUAGAUCCAAUGUAUACCAUAUCGGAUUUCGCCGUCGGAGUCACCUUCGCCUCUGCCGGUAGCGGUUAUGAUAAUGCAACCUCCGAUGUCUUUUCAGUUAUCCCACUUUGGAAGCAACUAGAAUAUUACAAAGAAUACCAAAGCAUGCUGUUUACAAACCUAGGCGAAAGGAUAGCGAAAGAGACAAUUAGCGACGCUGUAUACCUAACCAGCAUGGGAACAAACGACUUUCUUGAGAAUUACUACAUGAGACUUUCCCGACGGCGUGCCCAGUUUAACCUUGAUCAGUACAAGGAUUUCUUAUUGGAGAUUGCUGAAGAUUUCGUGAAGAAAAUCUAUGAACUGGGUGCAAGGAAAAUAUCGUUGGGAGGGUUGCCGCCGAUGGGUUGUUUACCGUUGGAAAGAACGGCGAAUUUCAUGAGUGGGUCGAAAUGUAGAGAGAGUUAUAAUGAGGUGGCACGUGAUUUCAAUGAUAAACUUGGUUUAUUGGUGGAGAAUCUUAAUAAACAACUUGAUGGGAUUAAGGUUGUUCUUUCGAAUCCUUAUCCAAUUCUUAUGGAACUUAUCGACCGACCUUCCUCAUACGGAUUCAAUGUAGCGGGAACUGGAUGCUGUGCAACGGGAAUGUUCGAGAUGGGAUAUAUGUGCGAUGAAUAUAAUCCAUUUACUUGUAAAGAGGCGGACAAGUAUGUGUUUUGGGAUUCUUUCCAUCCGACCGACAAAGCAAAUCGUAUUAUUGCUCAACGCAUGCUUAACACCUCUCUUUCUCAUUUCCUAAUUUAAUUUUAUAAUCUAUUAAUUCCCGCCCGGCUCCCUACUUAAUAAUAACAAACAAUGUUGCUGCUGAUG